CUUGUCAGUGAGGGAGACCGCGACUCCUGCAACAUUAACCUGUAAAAGACGACGUACCACAAUGGCUACAGCAUUGUCUGGGGGCUUCAGCAAAAACGCCCUUUUUAUUUUAUCCGCGGCGUUAAUGUUGCAGGCAGUUUUAGGAGACGGAAAGACUCUCGUUCUGCUAGACAAUCCCAACAUCAGAGACACUCAUUCAAUCUUCUUCCGCAGUUUAGCAGAUCGUGGAUUUGACCUUACUUUUAAGACUGCUGAUGAUCCUGGUCUCUCCCUGCUCAAGUAUGGUCAAUUCCUCUACGACCAUCUCAUCCUUUUCUCUCCAUCAGUGGAAGAUUUUGGGGGUAACAUCAAUGUUGAGACCAUUACAGCCUUCAUUGAUGGUGGAGGAAAUGUUCUUGUUGCUGCCAGUUCUGAUAUUGGUGAUCCUCUGAGGGAGCUUGGAAGUGAAUGUGGCAUUGAAUUUGAUGAGGAGAAAACUGCUGUUAUUGAUCACCACAACUAUGAUAUUUCUGAUCCUGGUGAGCACACACUAAUUGUUGCUGAUCCAGAGAAUCUUCUCAAAGCCCCAACUAUAGUUGGCAAGCCCACCGAUAAACCAGUCCUGUUUAAAGGUGUUGGUAUGGUGGCCGACCCAGAUAACCCUCUGGUGCUGGACAUUCUGACAGGCUCUUCCACCUCAUACUCCUACUUCCCUGAUCGUCCCAUCACACAGUAUCCUCAUGCAGUUGGAAAGAACACCCUUCUAAUCGCUGGUCUGCAGGCAAGAAACAAUGCACGUGUGGUUUUCAGUGGAUCACUGCACUUUUUCAGCGAUGCUUUCUUCAACUCUGCCGUGCAGAAGGCUGCUACUGGCUCAAAGAGAUAUGAACAGACUGGUAACCAGGAUCUGGCUGAGGCCUUGUCCCGCUGGGUGUUUAAAGAGGCUGGUGUUCUCAGAGUCGGAGAUGUAACCCAUCAUCCUGUUGGAGAGAGCACACCGCCUGCUGCCUACACCGUCACUGACCUUGUGGAAUAUGGCAUAGUGAUUGAGAUGUUGUCUGGUGGAAAGUGGGUGCCCUUUGAUGGAGACGACAUUCAGCUGGAAUUUGUCAGAAUUGAUCCAUUUGUUAGGACCUAUCUCAAGAAGAACGGUGGAAAAUACAGUGUACAGUUCAAGCUUCCUGAUGUAUAUGGAGUUUUUCAGUUCAAAGUUGACUACAACAGACUCGGCUACACUCACCUGUACUCUUCAACCCAGGUUUCUGUCCGGCCGCUACAGCACACCCAGUACGAGCGCUUCAUCCCCUCUGCUUUUCCAUAUUACGCCAGUGCCUUCUCUAUGAUGGCGGGACUCUUUGUCUUCAGUGUCGUCUUUCUCCAUAUGAGAGAAAAAGAAAAGUCUGAUUAAAGGAGUAUCAGUGAAGAUGUAGAAAAUGUAAAACUGAAAAAAAGUUGAUGGGCUCCAGCCCUCUAUCAUAAGUAAUAGAGAUCUAAAAUAUGUGGGCUCAAUUUGAUGAAUUGGAUGGUGUGCUAUUACAGCUAAAUGCAACAUUUGUAAAUUGAGAUUUUUGGGGAAAUGUUGGAUAAUCUAACAAAGGAUGUUUUUUUUUGUUUGCCAAUGGGAUGUUUAAAGUGUUUUGGGGCACACUUUGUCUUUUAUUUGUACAAAAAGCAACUUGGUAUGGCUUUAUACUACAACAUGCACUGAUGUUUCAGCUCUUGGUAUGAAGAUUGUUUUGAAAUCUUUGAAAAAUUGUAAGGAGAUGAACGGAUGCUAAGAAUGUGGUUAAAAGACAGUAAAAAUAACAUUCCACCACUAAA